AUUGCAAUCGUAGGGAAUCAAACCGUAAUCUAUCUACCAAAUUCAACUUCAAUAACGACUCACUAUCUUUUAUUUCUUUCUAUUUUUUUACAAAAUUAUCCUUCUUUCUUUGCUUGUCCUUUUAACCGUAAUUCAUUUCACUUCAAAAGACGGCUUUGCUCAGUUUACACACAUAAGUUCAUAACAUAAACAUUAAAAGCUGUCUUUGUUUUUGUUUUGGCCUCUGUCACAAACCAGUUAGUUCUCUUCUUUGAUCCCAAGCUUCAUCAUCCUUUUGCUUUCUCAAUCCCAAAAAAAAAAAAAACACUAUUUAUCUACCUACCCUUUUUCCACUCUUCCAUUUUACCCACUUUUCUUUCUUUUCAUUCCAAGCUACAAGCUCAUUUUUUUUUUAUUUGUAUGAUCUUAUUGAUUUUGCUGAUGCGGAUGUUUUAAGCUGAAAGUGUUGCUCUUUUUGGCGUUUGGGUUUGUCCAAAUACAAAAUUUCUUUUUCUGGGAUUCUCUUUUAUUUGAGAUUUGCCACCUGAUACAGUGACAUUUUUUUGGAUAUUCAAUUUGGAAAACUUGUGCUGUGUGAAGGAAAUUGAAGUUAUCAAUUAGUUGCAUUUCAGUGAAAAGGGUAAAAGGGUCAUAUUUUUGUUGAUUCUAUUGGAAGAAGAGAAUGAAUUGCAGUUAGUCAGUAUUGUUUUCUUGUGUGGAAAACUUUAGCAACAAGGUCAAAUCUUGUUGCUAUAAAAAGCCAAGUUUUGAAUUUGUUUAGAAUUUGGAGUCUUCUUUGCUUUCUUAGGUCCUAAUGAAGGCUCCAUCCAAUGGUUACUUGCCUAAUUCUGGAGAUGGGGAAAGGAAGACCAUCAAUUCAGAGUUAUGGCAUGCUUGUGCCGGACCUUUGGUUUCUUUGCCUCCUGUCGGUAGCCUUGUGGUUUAUUUCCCUCAAGGACACAGUGAGCAAGUUGCAGCUUCUAUGCAAAAGCAGACCGACUUCAUACCUAGUUACCCUAACCUUCCUUCCAAGUUGAUUUGCAUGCUUCACAAUGUUGCUCUUCAUGCUGAUCCUGAAACUGACGAGGUCUAUGCACAGAUGACCCUUCAACCUGUAAACAAAUAUGACAAGGAAGCAAUACUGGCAUCAGAUUUUGGUCUCAAACAAAACCGUCAACCUACGGAAUUCUUUUGCAAAACUCUAACAGCUAGUGACACAAGCACUCAUGGAGGAUUUUCUGUUCCUCGUAGAGCAGCUGAGAAAAUAUUCCCGCCUUUGGAUUUUUCAAUGCAACCUCCCGCUCAGGAGCUUGUUGCUAAAGAUUUGCAUGACAAUACAUGGGCAUUUAGACAUAUUUAUCGGGGACAACCAAAGAGGCAUUUAUUGACUACUGGUUGGAGUGUAUUUAUCAGCACAAAAAGACUUUUUGCUGGAGAUUCUGUUCUUUUUAUCAGAGAUGAAAAACAGCAACUGCUUUUAGGUUUGAGGCGUGCUAAUAGACAGCAGCCAGCGCUUUCUUCAUCAGUAAUCUCUAGUGACAGUAUGCAUAUUGGCAUUUUAGCUGCUGCAGCUCAUGCUGCUGCAAAUAACAGUCCAUUUACUAUAUAUUACAAUCCAAGGGCCAGCCCUUCCGAAUUUGUUAUUCCGUUGGCCAAGUAUAACAAAGCCAUGUACACUCAAGUUUCUCUUGGAAUGAGAUUUAGAAUGAUGUUUGAAACGGAGGAGUCUGGUGUACGUCGAUAUAUGGGUACAGUUACUGGAAUUAGUGACUUGGAUCCUGUCCGAUGGAAAAAUUCACAAUGGCGCAAUCUUCAGAUUGGAUGGGAUGAAUCAACAGCUGGUGAACGCCCAAGCAGAGUCUCGAUUUGGGACAUUGAGCCAGUAGUGACUCCUUUCUAUAUCUGUCCACCUCCAUUUUUUAGGCCCAAGUUCCCCAGGCAACCUGGAAUGCCAGAUGACGACUCUGAUGUCGAAAAUGCUUUCAAGAGAGCUAUGCCCUGGCUUGGAGAUGACUUUGGCAUGAAGGACGCCUCAAGUUCAGGCUUCCCUGGUUUGAGUUUAGUGCAGUGGAUGCAGAUGCAGCAGAAUAAUCAGUUUUCAGCUGCUCAAUCAGGAUGUUUUCCAUCCAUGCUCUCAUCUAAUACUCUGCAUGGUAAUCUUAGCACCGACGACCCAUCCAAAUUACUAAGUUUCCAAGCUCCAGGCCUCUCUGCACCGAGUCUUCAAUUUAACAAACCUAAUUUACCAAAUCAAACCAACCAAUUGCAUCAGUCCCCAACAUCAUGGCCUCAGCAGCAACAACAACAACAGUUACAGAACUUACAGCAACAGCAACAACAGUUACAGAACUUACAACAACAGCAACAACAACAGCUACAGCAGCAACAACAGCAGCAGUUGCAGUCAUUGUCGCAAAUACCGAUGAACCAGUUCCAGCAGCAGAGGCAACAACAGCUGCCUGAAUCACAAAACCUGACUCUGCUGCAACAACAAAUGUCUCAGCAGCUAGGACAGCAGCCACAGAAGCAACCACAGUCAUCUCAACAGGCUAUUCUGAAUAAUGGUAUAGUUGCUUCUAACCAGAAUACAAAUCAGUUUGCUCAGCAGCAAACACUGGCUUACACGCAGCUUCAGCAAAAACAACAAUUGCUCCCAGGAAGUAUCCCACUCCAACAAAGUACCCAAUCAGCCAGUAAGAAUACAUUCCCACUGACAUCCCUACCACAAGACUCACAAUUUCAUCAACAUAUAGACCAGCAACCGAGUCUCUUACAGAGGCAGCAACAACAAACACAAUUACAACAAUCUUCACUGCAGGCAUUACAGCAAAGCCAGCCACAGUGGGUGCCACCAAAUCUUCCAGUGACUCAAACGUCUCAACAAAACACUUCGGAGCAACAACUGCAGCUACAGUUUUUGCACAAAUUGCAGCAGCAGCAGCAGCAGCAACAACAACAACAACAAUUUCUUUCAUCAUCUGGCCCACUUUUGCAAUCUCAGCUUUUACAGAAACAAAAUACUCACCAACAAAACCAGCAAUUACCGCAGAUGCCUAUAUCCCAACAUCAUAAUCAACAGCUUGGCAAUAACGCAUUUUCAACGGAGAAGCGUCUCAACAGCAACAAUUUUUCUUCUUCGUCUCUUAUGCAAUCACAGCAGCUUUCUGUGAAUCAAACCCCGAAUACGCAGAAGCCACGCACAAUUACUAGAGUUCCCUCUACACUUACUGAUGGAGAGGCUCCAUCAUGCUCAACUUCACCAUCUACUAAUAACUGCCAGAUAUCUCAACCAAAUCUCCUGAAAAGAAAUCAACAAGUACAAACUACAAUAGGCGGGAUCUUGGUAGUGGAGCCUGCCAAUAAUCUGACACAGGACCUUCAGAGUAAGUCUGACAUGCAUAUCAAACAAGAGUUCUCAAAUGUAAAAGGACCUGACCAACUAAAGUAUAAAGGGGCUACUACUGAUCAGCUCGAAGCUUCAUCUGGAACAUCUUACUGUCUGGAUCCCGGUAAUGUCCAGCAGAGUUUGCCAUUAUCCAACUUCUGCAUGGAAAGUGAUGUCCAAUCGAACCCUCGAAACACUCUGCCAUUUGAAACUAAUUUUGAUGGUCUAAUGUCUGAUACUAUGCUUUCUAGGGGUUAUGACUCUCAAAAAGAUCUUCAAAAUUUGUUGGCUAAUUAUUGUGGUGCUCCAGGAGACAUUGAAACCGAGCUGUCCACUGCUGACAUCAGUUCACAGUCAUUUGGAUUACCCGACUUGGCUUUUAAGCCUGGUUGCUCAAAUGAUGUUGGCAUUGAUGAUACUUCUGGGGUUUUGAACAAUGGCGUGCGGGCAAACCAAACUCAACGAAUGCGAACAUAUACCAAGGUUCAAAAGCGUGGCUCUGUCGGAAGAUGUAUUGAUGUAACCCGCUACAAGGGAUAUGAUGAACUGCGGUAUGAUUUGGCACGAAUGUUUGGAAUUGAAGGGCAACUGGAAGAUCCUCAAAGGACUGACUGGAAAUUAGUAUACGUGGAUCAUGAGAAUGACAUUCUUCUUGUUGGUGAUGACCCUUGGGAGGAAUUUGUAAGUUGUGUUCAGAGUAUAAAGAUAUUAUCAUCAGCUGAGGUGCAGCAAAUGAGCUUGGAUGGAGAUUUAGGUGGUAAUGUUCCAAUCCCAAAUCAAGCAUCCAGUGGGACAGAUAGUGGCAAUGCAUGGAGGGGACAGUAUGAUGAUAACUCUGCAGCCUCGUUCAAUAGGUGACGAGGAUGUCAAAUUCUGACAUUUUGAUUUUGCAUCAGUCAACUUAUUCAUUGAGUGGUGCAGAACCAACUUAAACCUCUGAAACCUUUGGUUGGUGCUUCUACUAUACAUCUUAAAUGUAAAGGAGACAUUCAUUGAACCACCCUAGUUCUCUGUCACUAUACUUCUUUUAACAGUGAGAAGCUUAAUUUAGACUCAAAGAGUUUCGAUCCUUGAAUCUAAACUAUUGCUAAUGUUACAGAUCCUAGCCUGGAAUCAGCCUUUCUUUUGAAUGCUGGUUAGGUUUUUUUUAUUUUCUAUUUCAUUUUUGCAUGGAACAACAGUAUAGGGAGCUACUGUAUAAUAUAAUGGUUAUUGUGUGUGAUUAAAUUUUACUUA